AUGUUUGAUGCUAUUCCAUAUAUUGGCAAAAUAACGGAGGUCAGAACACCUGCUGAUUACGUAAAAAAACUUGUCGAGAGUGUCAAAGGUUCCUGGCGCAAUGUUACAUACGAUAAUUGGUUUACAUCAGUUCCACUUGCUGAUGAUUUACUAAAGGACUACCAGCUUACAAGCAUCGGUACACUUCGUAAAAACAAGCGGGAAAUUCCUCCGUCUUUCUUGCCAAAUAAAAGCAAACAACCACUCACUUCUCAGUUUGCUUUCGAUCAGCAAAAGACACUGGUUUCUUUUACACCUCGGAAGAAUAAGUCUGUUUUGUUAUUAUCAACGAUGCAUUACAAUGACGAAAUAAACCCAGAAACCAGCAAACCAGUCAUAAUACAAGAUUAUAAUUCGACCAAAGGCGCUGUCGACACUUUCGACAAAAUGAUGCAUUCGUAUAGUUCAGCUAGAGGUACAAGACGUUGGCCACUUCGGUAUUUCUACGGCAUGAUUGAUCAAGCGGGAAUAAACUCGAUGGUGCUCUAUGUUGAUGCUAAACACUCGAAUGCUCCCAUAAACCAGUUUCGAAGUAGUUAUUUGAAGAGUUUGGCAUUACAACUGGCAGAGCCCCAUAUGAAACGUCGAUUGACUACAAAUUUGCCACGAGAAUUACGGUGCACUUUACACGAUAUUCUAAAUAUGACGGAAGGACCUCCUGCAGAUGAACCCCCAGCGAAAUUACAGAAGCAGUUAAGGUGUGCAAUGUGUCCAAGAAAACGGGACAAAAAAGUUAAAACUUCUUGCGUAAAAUGCCAAGUUCCCGCUUGCUCUGAACAUCGCAGAGAUAUUUGCCUUAACUGUAUUUAA